AGAUCGCAGGCUCCAUCAACAAGCUACCUGUACUUGACGUCCACCCGCUGGAACUUCGCUUCCCCUAUCAUCCCAAUGAGCCCAUCUCGUGCUCACUGUACCUAACAAACAACACCAAUGAAAAUGUGGCCUUUAGACUUGUAGACAGGGGCGGCAAGUCCCCAUGGUGCUUCACAAAGCUGCCGUUGUACGGCAUUGUGCCUCGAAGAUCCACUUACACUUUGAUUGUGACAACAAAAGAGGAGAUGAAGCUAAAGGAAAAGAAAGACUUCGAUCUCGUUAUUCAGAGCAGUUUAUUGGAACAUAAGUACAUCGUUUUAUUCCAAAACCAGUGUGAAUCUGAUCAAUUUUUUGAGGAAGCAAAAGAGUUGGGGAAUAUGGUGCAUGAGGUGAUACUGAAACCUGUUUAUCUGCAGCACGAAGAUAUCACAUCUGAGGUGAGUUAAUUCCACUACACAAAAGACUUCUUUCAAUUAAUAUGCAUCGACAAACCUUGGCGUGUCCAUAAUUGCAUUGAUCAUGUGUAUAUUAGUGUCCGACUGCAUACAACAAACAUAAGGGGUAGAUAUGGCAGUAGCUCUCAUCUACAACUAAUGACUGUAUUGAGAUGAAAUAAAUGCAACGCAAUGUUGCUUGGCCCCUUGCCACAGUUUAUACGCCUGGUGGAUGGAGUGGACACGUAAAUUAAAUCAGAGUUAGUUGAAUAUAGAUGUUGGUAUCGCCUUAAUAAACACACCAGCAAACUUCUUAUUGUGGGAGACCCGAUCUGCACUUGAAGAAGUAAAAAAAAAAGCUAAGAUGCAGUCGUUGAUGGGGUUGGGGGCUAUCUCGUUUGUCGCAAGCAGGAAUUCUGUCUCACAAGUUUAGAGGAAGACAUUGUUGAUUAAGUUGUCGAGAUCCGCUAACUGACAAGUGCUCAGACUCCAGGAGGGGGCGUCCAUUCAGAUUUGGGGGAUGUGACCACGCAUGAGGACAGGAUAUUGGAGUAUGCGAUUAUGUGUGGAGGGAAGUUGGAUACUAUAGGACACACCUACUCUUACUUUUAUUCUUCCAACUUCGUGGAUACGACAUCGGUUCACAGACCAUGGCAGCCAGGUUGGCAGGCGGCCUCGGUCCUAGGCCUAAUAACUUUGCCACCACCCGAAAUCUCAAUUGUGGAAUAAUAACUCUUGUUGUCUCGAAUAUGAGGGAUUCUGGGCCAAUCGAUGAAACACUAUAUAUGUCGAUUCUGGGCCCUUGUAAUACACUCAAUCAAGAUAGGUAUAUAGGACAUAUGGCUAUUACUCAUCUGGUUGUCUGAACUAGAAUAAAACCACCAUGUCGCCCUUUACACCACUGAGAUUCCCUCAACCACCACCUCUCCCUCUACUCUGAUCCAUGACUAUGCACAGAUCUUAAUAUCAACAUGUAUGAAUCGUUGACACAUGUUGCCCCAAGUGGUUCUUGAUCAAAUUCUCCUUAUACACUAUUCACUAACAAGGAUGACUUAGUUGUUGGAGUGGGAGGGUGACGUCGCCAGAAUCGACAAAGGAUGGUAGCGGAGCUGGCAGUGCUACUAUGGUCGCUACAAUGGCCAAGAUUUAUAGCAUUUGGGGCAACGACUAGGCUUCAGAGAGAACAGGAGA